AUGUUCAUGCUUUCUCCACUGCAGCUUGCUUCUUGCGCCGCUCGCAGCCCGCCGCGUCCAUUGAGCAAGAGGGCAGGGGAACGCCUGUUUUGUGCCGGAAAGCGUGGAAGACAAGCCAGUCUGAUGCUACGAUCAUCCUUCCAAGCUGUGCAAUCGCCAACAAUCCCUACGGACUCGCCUACCGAGAGCACGCCCCUGGACAAAUUCCCAAAGUCUAAGGUCCAGUCUCGUCAGAACGUGCUCCCGGUAACUGAAACGUUUGAGAACCAGUACGCCGACUACUCCACAGGAUAUGCAUCUGUUCCCGGACUGGCAUAUGAAAGAUCCGAAUGGAUCACUGACAUAGAGGGUCAAAUUCCCACGGAGCUUGAAGGCACUCUUCUCCGCAAUGGACCGGCGAUGUAUGUGAGAGGGGAAGGUGCAGAGAGGUUUGAGAAGUCGUACCUUGACGGUGACGGAAUGGUUACCUCUGUCGCCAUCAAGGACGGCAAAGCUUACUUCCGGAACAAAUUCGUACGCACGGAAGACUUCGACAAAGAGGAGAAACUCGGCAAAUACACAGAGCCAUCAAUAUUUACUGCGAAAGAUCCCCGCAAACCGGCCUUCUUCUGGCGCCUUUUUAACGACAUCCUUGCUGGAAACUUGAAGCGCAAGCAGAAUGGGGCAUACAACGUCCUAAACUGGGGUGGCAAUCUCGUAGCAGUUGACUACAAGAAGCCCUAUGAGCUUGAUCCGGACACGCUGGAUACAAUCGGACAUGCUGCGAGCCCUCUUUCAUCGGUAAUGCACACAUCGCAUUAUCGAACUGUUGAUGAACCCGACGGUUCCGGUAGGCGCUGCGUUGCAUUCCUGAAUGAAGUUGAUUGGCGUUCUGAAACCACGAAAGCUGUCUUCUACGAAUUCGAUGAAGCAGGUAAUGAAGUGUCGAGGCGAGCCUAUGAUUACCCGGCAAGCUAUGUACAUGAUCUCGUCGUGACUGACAACUACUACAUUCUUUUUGACUGCCCGAUAAAGAUCGACUUUCCUGCCGUGUUCACAAAGUACAUCUUUCAGAAAUCUUGUCUUUCUGAGCUCAUUUGCGAAGACACUGAUCGGCGCCCUCUUUUCCGAUUGUUUCCACGCCGCGGAGAUAGUCGCGAGGUGAUUACCAUCGAGGCAGACUACUGGUGCUAUGCAUAUCAUCACGUCAACGGAUUUGAAAACUCUGAUGGGAAAAUAUUUUUUGACACGUGUACCUGGGACAAAUUUACGCUUUACUUCACUGACAUAUGUUCUCCAAACGGUCAAGAAAACUUUCCUCGGAUGAAACUCAGUCGUUUUGUAAUUGACGUCGAUAGCCGUAAGGCUACGCAUCACUGUCUUUCUGAUCUUCCAUGCGAGCUUCCCAUCACAAGUUGGGAUUACACCGGGAAACCAUACAGGCACAUGUAUCUUUCAAGCUCUGUUGGGACCAACGAAGCUGGUGUUAAUGGUCCAAUGCAAGCUCUCACAAAAGUUACUCUUCCCACGAUUGAUGCGCUCGGAGAUGCGCUUGAACAGGAGUGGAUCCCGGGAGAAAGCAAAUUUGCCAUGGAGCCAUUCUUUGUAGCGCGCAAAGGUGCGAUUGACGAAGAUGACGGUUGGGUGGUCGCUCUUGUUCACGAUGCGAAUUACGCAAAGUCUGACUUUGGCGGUAGGGGGACUGAGAUGGUGAUAAUUGACGCCAAGAAGUUUGAAGAGGGACCGGUUGCGCGUAUCAGACUACCCGUAUACAUACCAUUCGGGGUGCAUGGGUCUUGGAGUACAACGUAUGUUGCUGGAUGCCCCAAAACAGCAGAAUUAGAGGCAAUAAAGGCUCGAGAUUCUAGCAGAUCUCAUGUUCCAGCUUUGAUAAUUGACAACGCGGCUAUUUCGUCAGUGCUCCCGCGCGUGGAAGUAACAAAGAUUGCCGUGGCAGCUGCAAUCGUGUGCGCGAUCCUAACUGUGUUUCAGUUCUGA